UAGGCUUCUCGAUUAUGGUAGCUCGUCCUAGAAAAGGUCAGUCAGAGACUCACAGUGCGUAGCCGAAUAAGACAGAAUUGGAAGCACAUCAAACCAUUCAAGUCUCAUUCUUUAUUGUCUGAUCCGAAAACCCGUUUGCUUGUCACUCUCUCUCUGUCUCUCUCCUCGACCUCCGCGCACGUUCGUCAAGGUCGUCUCCCAAACCCCAUUUUCUCUGCUCAUCACCACAAUCUCGGUCUUUGCAUUUGUUCUUUUCUGGGUUUCUCACUUGGGUUCUUCUUGUUUAAAGGUGACUCCAAGAACUUUUCUGGAAGUUGAACAAGACAAGGGAAGGGUUUAAUGCCGCUGCUACAUUAUGUUCUGAACAGCUGAAUGAAAAGUCAUCAAAUAUUCCUUCCAGCUGUUACAGAAUAGUAAACCUGUGAUUUUAUUUUCUUUUGAUAAACAAUGAUUGGGAGGAAGAACAUGGGGCGUGCUUCACCAUUACUUCUGGUUCUCUUGGCUUUUGGGUUUUUCUUUGCCACUUACAAUCUUUUGACGAUGAUACUCCACUAUAGAUCUGUUGGGAAGUGGGUAGGUGGUAAUAGUAACAGUCGUUUGCUGGCUGACCCCAUUGUCGAGAUGCCUGAGAAUGUGAAAGUCAAAGGUUCCAAAGCACCAUUCCAUGUUGCCUUAACAGCAACGGAUGCUUCUUAUAGUAAAUGGCAGUGUCGCAUUAUGUAUUAUUGGUAUAAGAAGAAGAAGGACAUGCCUGGAUCAGAAAUGGGAGGAUUUACUCGAAUUUUGCAUUCGGGAAGACCUGACAACUUGAUGGAUGAGAUUCCCACUAUGGUGGUUGAUCCUCUGCCUGCCGGUCUUGAUCGGGGAUAUAUUGUCUUAAAUAGGCCAUGGGCUUUUGUGCAAUGGCUGGAAAAGGCUACAAUUGAGGAAGAAUAUGUGUUGAUGGCAGAGCCUGAUCAUAUAUUUAUAAAUCCUCUUCCUAAUUUGGCCCAUGGAGGAUAUCCUGCUGCCUUCCCCUUUUUCUACAUUAAACCUACACAGAAUGAGAAGAUCAUAAGAAAGUUUUACCCCAAAGAGAAUGGCCCAGUCACAAAUAUUGAUCCAAUUGGAAAUUCUCCAGUAAUUAUCAAGAAGGAUAUGCUGGAAAAGAUUGCUCCGACAUGGAUGAAUAUUUCUUUGAGCAUGAAAGAAGACACAGAGACUGAUAAAGCUUUUGGAUGGGUGCUAGAAAUGUAUGCUUAUGCUGUAGCAUCUGCUUUGCAUGGUGUGCAGCAUGUUCUUCGGAAGGACUUCAUGCUGCAGCCCCCUUGGGAUUUGGAAAUUGGUAAAAAGUUUAUUAUUCACUACACUUAUGGGUGUGACUACAACUUAAAGGGUGAGCUCACAUAUGGCAAAAUUGGGGAGUGGAGAUUUGAUAAGAGAUCAUAUCUGCGUGGACCUCCGCCGAGAAACCUUCCUUUACCCCCUCCUGGGGUUCCUGAGAGUGUGGCCACCCUUGUAAAGAUGGUGAACGAGGCUACUGCUAACCUUCCUAAUUGGGACACACAAUAGGGAAAGAGUCGGUGCGUAUGCAAGUUUUGCUAUUUGGAUUACAGCAUUGAUUAUAUCCAACCCUGCAAUUUUGGAUCGUUGUGUAUCCCUUAGCCAACAGCAUAUGUAGAGCAUACAUUUUAGGGUUAGCUGCAUUAAUUUUCGAAAGCAUUUGACGAGAUGGCACCUACAAAGAGGAAGAUUUGGAUUCA